CUCCCGGUUGAGAUGGCGACAUGGCUGUCUUGGGCCCGGCAUCCCUGCGUGAUCCUUCCUGGAAGAAGUUGACCCCAGAGGAGCUGGAGAACCAAUACUCCCCCAGCAGAUGGGUCGUCCGCCUGGGACCAGAGGAAGCCCUGCGGACCUACUCGGAGAUGGGAGUCCAGGCCACUGCGAGGGCCCGGGCCACCAGGAGGAGCCAGCUCCACGUGCCCUACGGAGCGGGUGAGGCAGAGAAAGUGGACUUGUACUUCCCAGAGGAAGUGUCUGAAGCUGUGCCGGUCUUCCUGUUUCUCCACGGAGGGUACUGGCAGAGCGGCAGUAAAGAUGAGUCGGCCUUCAUGGUCAGCCCGCUGACGGCCUGGGGAGUGGCUGUGGCCAUAGUGGGUUACGACAUAGCUCCCAAAGGAACUCUGGACCUCAUGGUCAACCAGGUGGCCCGCAGCGUGGCGUUUGUCCAGAAGCGGUAUCCGAGUAACCAAGGCAUUUACCUGUGUGGACAUUCUGCUGGGGCCCACCUGGCCGCCAUGAUGCUCCUGACUGACUGGACCAAGCACGGAGUCACACCCAACCUUAAAGCCUUCUUCCUGGUGAGCGGAGUCUAUGACCUGGAGCCCCUGCUGCACACCUCACAGAACGCCCCUCUGCAGUUGACCCUGGAGGACGCCCUGAGGAACAGUCCACAGCAGCAGCUGGCGGCCACCGCGGGAUGGCAACCUGCAGGCCCAGCCUGCCGUGUACUGGUCAUUCUGGGGCAGCAUGACUCCCCGGAGUUCCACCGCCAGUCCCAGGAGUUCUAUCAGACGCUGUGCCGGGGAGGGUGGACAGCCUCGCUGGAGGAGCUCCAGGACGUGGAUCACUUUGAAAUCGUCGAGAAUCUGGCCCGGGAAGACGAUGCACUCACCCAGAUGAUUCUAAAGACAAUAUUCCAGAAGCUCUGAUGGCACGGGACGCGGCCCAGGUGCACCUGACCCAGGAAUGCCUGCCCUGCAGGGGGCCCCGACAAACCUCUGGGUCUCCCUUUUGGCAGCCUGAGACGAG